AUGUCCACCGCCGUCCCGACAUUCACGCUCCCCUCAAAAUCAUGGAUAGCUGUCAUCUCCAUCUUUCAAAUUACUGCACUCUCAGUGACCAUCUUCCGUGUCUAUCACCGGUUCAAGACCUCGCGUAUGUGGUGGGACGACCAUGUCGUAGUUGUGGUGUUCAUGUUAGAUGCACUGGGAUUCAUUAACUUUUGGUAUGGGUAUUCGCACCAUUGUGAGUCCCACUCCAAGAUUCUUGGACGCUCGUGA